AUGCUUAAGGUUGCAACGGUGCUAGCCCUGGUGGUGGUUGCUGCCGUACUGGCGGCCCCCAAGGGAUCACGCCAGGAUCGGGAAAAGGGUAACGCCGUAGACACCCGACGCGGCGAAUGGUCCUGGCAGCAGAUCGAGCGGUACGACGAGAAGGCCGAGCGCGAACGUCAACGGGAGCAGGCGGAGAGUCGGGGACGCGUGGAGGAGCAGGAGGAGGAAGAGGGGGAUGAGGGGGAGGGGGAAGAACAAGAAGAAGCGGAAGUAGAGGACGAGGAUCAGGAAGCUGGAGAUGAGGGUGAGGAGGAAGAAUCGGCUGAUGAGAGUGAGGGAAGUGAAGAGCAGGAGGAAGAGCAGGAAAAACCUCGUGUAACUGUUUGGGGACGUCAACUGAAACAUCGUAAGGAAGAGGAGAAGUCCGAGCAGCAGAAGCGUCGAGAGGGGGAAAAUAGUGGGGAAGCUGGAAAGAAGCAGGAGAGCAAACGAAACGACAAAAAGCGAGAGGAACGCGAGCAGGAAAAGAAGCGCGAAGAGCGUAAGAAGAAAGAGCAAAAGAGCAAGGUGGAAGCUCGUGAAGAAGGGGACAAGAAGCGACAGGAGCGAAAGAAGGGUGAGAAAAAGGACAAAGUAGAAGCUCGUGAAAAGCAGGACAAGAAGCGUCAAGAGCGAAACAAGGGUGAGAGUAAGGGCAAGGUUGAAGCUCAACGCGAGGAGAAGAAGAAAGAAUCCCGCAAACAAGAGGUCAACAAGAAGGAAGAACGCAAGCAAGCUGAGCAAAAGCGAAGCGAGAAAGGUGGCAAGAACAAGGGUGAGCGUAAACAGGAGAGCAAGAAAGGUGAGGGAAAACGUCAGGAAGCUCAGCGUGCUGAGCAAGAUGGAGGGAGAAAAGGCAAGGCUGGACGCCAGGAAGGAUGGUUGAGGGCUCGUCAGGAGGGGCAAAGAGGCGAGCAGGCAAGUCGCCAGGAAGCUCGUAGGGAGCAACAACAGCGGGAAGAGCAAAAGAACGAAGAGCAAAAUGAAGGCGGAGAGGAAGCGCAGGAAGAAGGAUCAGUGGAAAGCGAAGCUGGAGAAGCUGAAGAGAAUCGUGGCGACGAGCAGCGUGGUAACGGAGACGGCAGCAAGAAGGGAAUCAAGCUUCCAAACUACGAGUUUGCGUACGGUGUGUUUGACCCGGUGUCUGGUGACCACAAGGAUCAGUGGGAGAAGCGCGUUGGUGACCAUGUUCGGGGAGUGUACUCGCUGCAACAACCCGAUGGUAAGAAGCGCGUCGUUGAGUACGAAGGUAACGGAAAGAGCGGAAUCGAAGCUGUCGUGAAAGAACUUCCCAAGAAUAAGAAGGAGGACAAGGAACAUCGCGAGAAGUCGGAUGGAGUUGCCCACAGCUACAUCAGGGUGAAGCAAAUUAAUUAA